AUGGUCACUUCGCAAGAUCCCUUAACUUCGGAAAUUGAAGAGGAGUUUCUUCAAAGUUGUGGGAUACAAGUUCUCCCGCCAGAUGAUUUACUUUCAACACCUCCUUCUACAUUCCCAAAUGACUUCACUCUUCUUUAUAUGAUACAUUGCACUCAGGAUAUGUAUGAAAACAUUCUUUCAAGUUAUUCCAGCAAAGAAAAUGUUGACCUUCGACGGAUAAUUUUAAUUGGAAAUGACCCUAUACAGCUCUCUUCUGCAACAAACAAUUUUAAUCUUCAAUGUCCAAAUUUAAUGAGCUUUACUGCUUUGGCUACAAUCAUUCCUUUGCCUUAUUUUGAGCCUAAAGAAAAUUCUUUCCAUGGAACGUCUAUUUGUUUUAUUGAAGAAAACGAUGAAGAAGUUUAA